UUGCUGUAGUAUUGUAUAUACUAUGAUUUUACCAAGUACAUUUUUAAGAUAUUUUUCAACAAUAUGAAUUUCAAAAGUGUAAUUCUGAUUAUAACAACCGUGUUAUGCAUUAUCAUAUCUAUUGCUAAAGGUCACCCGGGAGGAGGUAACAAGCCCCCCUCAGGUGGUCCUGGUGGACUACCACCACUACAUCCAGGACCACCAUCACCACGAUAUCCAGGAACAUCACAACCACCUCUACCAUCUCCAGGACGAGGACCACAGCCAACACGUCCUCCAGGACCACCACCACCACCACCACCACGACGGUAACCUAACCGCCUGCUGAAAACUUACCCCUGCUAACGACAGUUAAAUUUACAAACAAAGCGGCAGUAUCCAAAAUCCGUGUCACAUUCUGAAAAUUCACAUGCU